CUAUUGGUCUACAGUAAAAGGUGAAAUAAUUUAACAUCAAGUGCCAACUUUGCAUUAAAAUGUCAUUAUUCACCAAAUGAUACUUCAUGACAUCAGUCAUAGACAUUCAUAAAGACUCCUUCAUGUUCAUGACAGGUAUUACGUCAUGUGUAUGAUGGUGUACUGUGAGUCUUAUGCACACCUCUUCAAAUGAAGUGUUAUCAAUUUUUUUUAAAUCAAGUUCCCUACAAUUUAUUUGCUUUUUCUUUUAAAUUUCAGAGGCCUUUGGAUAUCAAAAUGUAAUCUUUGUUGCAUCUUAGAAACAUUUGUUUCUGGUUAUAUUGCCAAGACAUUAACAAAAACAGCUCCUUUAAAUCUGAACAGUAACAACAAGUCGCAUGUUCUGCUUCGCAACAUAAGCUGUGCCUUCGCUCACUUUUUUUGGCUCACUUUUCACCCAAUAACUCAUACAAACUUUGAAACAUAAGGGACUAUGGAUGCAAUUGUGUUGAAAGUCUUGUCUAAUUGUUAGCCAUCAUGUGUGCAGGUGGCCGUUAAGGUGAUAGACAAGAAGAAAGCACGCCAAGACUCCUACGUGCUGAAAAACAUGAAACGAGAACCUCGAAUCCAUCAAAUGGUCCGACACCCUCACAUUGUGGUUCUUCUGGAGACCCUGGAGACGGAGAACAGUUACUACAUGGCCAUGGAGCUGUGUGCGGGAGGAGACCUGAUGGACAGGAUCUGCGACCGGAGGAGGCUGGGAGAGAGGGAGGUGCGGCGCUACACCCGGCAGAUCCUCUCCGCGGUGGAGCACCUGCACAAACAUGGCAUUGUGCACAGAGAUUUAAAGAUUGAAAACUUCCUCCUGGACGAGCAUAACAACAUAAAAAUUGUAGACUUUGGCCUGAGCAACACUCUGAAGCCGGACUCUUUAUCCCUGGAGCUCCUCAACACGCAGUGCGGAAGUCCUGCCUAUGCCGCGCCUGAGCUGCUGGCUCACAAGAAGUACGGCUCCAAAGUGGACGUCUGGUCCAUAGGCGUGAGCAUGUUUGCCAUGCUAACGGGAACCCUGCCCUUCACCGUCGAACCUUUCAACAUCAAGCAGUUGCACCAUAAGAUGGUCAAUAAGGACAUUAGCGACAUCCCUGGUGACAUCAGCAAAGACGCCGUGUCAUUCAUGAUGCUUCUCCUGGAGCCAGACCCAGAGAAGAGACCCAGCGUCAGAGAUGCGAUGGAAGAGAGAUGGGUCAGCGAGGGAUACGCCAAGAAACCGCUACACACACUCUCACAUAAAAACAGGUUGUGUCCGGAAGACCUUAACUCAUCUGUGCUGGCUCACAUGACGGAGACACUGGGUUAUUCCCGCUCUGAAGUCAUCAACACGGUCACCAGCAACAGACCCUCCGCCGUCAUGGCCUCCUAUCACCUACUGCUCAACAAGUUCAACCGGAGCCACAAGGGGGCCAAGGCUAGCAAGAAGCUCGAGAACAACGACUGGACUCCUCCGAGCAAAACGACAUGGAGAAACCGAAGCAACACUGAAACGAAGACUCAGCAACAGAACUCACCAAAGACGGAGAAAAGCUUAAAGCAGUUCAACAAGUCGCCGAAGGUCCAGCAGACGAGCAGAAGUCAGAACAGGAGGAAGACCACAGAUUUGCACAGGAAGGGCCACCGUGAGGAUGACGAGAACUGUCCGCCCUCUCGCGCUCUGCCCCACCUUCCCCGCUCUGCUUCGCCCCCUUCGCCCUCUGACCCUCCCUCCCCCGAACCUCUGUCCACAGAAGACGAGACGACUGAUGAGGAGGUGACCAUUUCUAUCAACACCAGGGAUGCGUUGUUUCCUGAAGUGUCGGUGUUUGGAGACAAAGAACUCGUCCACGCUUCCCCUCCGAAGAGCUCAACAUCGCAGCUCUGUGACUCCGCUCCCUGCCAUGUCCCCUUACUGGCAGAGCCAACCGGAGACGGCGUCGCGUCCCGACCGAUCCGACACUCCCACCCGCUCAGGACAACGCAGUCGGACGGCGCGGCGGACCCAGGGUCGGACCGCUUCCGGGACAAGUACCACCAGGGCAACUCUCACCGCCUUAGCGCCAACGAGCGGCUGGAGAAGCUGCAGGCGUUUUACUCCGCCGAGAAAAACGCUGUCUCUGCCGGGAUCCUCCUGGAGACCGGACCCGUACUCUCCGUGGACAGAGGGCAGCCGGGUUCCAUCCAGGCCGCACAGGCGUCCCCCUCCGCUCGCCUGCCUCGCCUGCGCAACGUCGGGCCUAAAGACGGCCGAGGGAGGAAGGUGACGUGGGCGGGCCUUAGUCGGCCUGGACCGCCUAGGCUUCUGCUGAACGGGUCGAAACCACCGGUUUUCCCUUCGCAGAGACAACACACUUUGAUCAUAAGGAGCCUCGGGCAGGAGCCGGGGAGGAGGAAAGAGCUCGCCUCAGCAGGGGAAGGCGAGCCGGCGGGAGAAGGGGUUGGGGGCGACAAGAGGAACUCUGUUCAGCUGCGUUCUGAACAGCGGCGGGUGGCGGACCUGAACCUGCCGCUGCUUCCUGUGGCGCUGCAGGGGAAAGAUGUCAGGAAGAACCAGCUACACAGCAUGGACUACUGAGACUCAGUCCGGUUGGAGCGGCAGAGUCACAAAAAGUUCAAGGAAAGCUGGUGGAAGUCAAAAUAGUAGUCAAUAGGAGUACAGCCAGAGACAACUGCAAUGAACUACCAUAAAUGGCAGCUAUAGAAGUGUACAGCCUUAAAGCUAAGUUCUUGUUAUACUGUUCUUUUCAUGCCACACUCGGAGGAGCCCAUCCUAGAUAAACACCAUUCCGUUUGUUUGUCUUCAGCUGCAGUGCCAAAAAUACUUCUGCCGGAUUCAGUCUUUAAAAGACCGGGUUCGAUUUAAGUCAUGGGAAACGUCUCGAACGUUUCCAUUCCCUCUUCCCAUCAGACUGCGGUUCAGAGUUUGUUCUGACCUUUUGGUUUUCUUGCGCAGAAUCGGAAGCUAAGGAAGUAGACGACAAAAGAAAAAUAAAGAAUGUAAAGUCACCUAAAACAUUUUCUGUCAGAAUGGCAUCAUCCAUCCACUUUCUGAAGCUGUUCUAACCAUUUCAGGGAAAGGUGUCAAGCUCCAGGGGUCAAAGGGCGAGUUUCCAGGUCACCAGAGACAAUUCGCACAAGACACCUCAGUAUCUCCAUUUCCUCUUGUAGGGGCAGUGUUAUUUGUUUCCCAGUCACACAGAAUAAUUUUAUAGCACACGUAAGUAACUGCUACCUUCAGUUGUCAUAAAA